CCCAUCACCCCAGUCAGGCCCCCCACUCAAAAUAUAUAAAGGGUCAGGAUCGGCUCAGUCAGGACAAGAAGAAUACGCAUAAUCUCAACGUGCUGUCAUAAGCUAAAGAGUCAUCAUGGGCUCCUUCACACUGCCUGCAUUCCUCUUUCUUGGUGUUGUGUCCAGCAUAACUUUAGUAUGUCAAGGCUUUCAGAAAGGAAUUUGUCAGGGUUCCUGCCCUGAAGGUUGGAUUCAGCACGGAGGCCACUGCUACCAGCACGUUGCUGAUAAGAAGACAUGGCUUGAUGCUGAGCUAAACUGUUUGAAUCUUGGGGGAAACCUGGCCUCAGAGCACAGUGAGGACGACCAUCAGUUUCUUAAAGAGCUCCAUAAGGGUCUUGACAGUUCAGACAGCCCAUUCUGGAUAGGACUGUCAGCUGUGCACGAGGGGAGAUCAUGGCUGUGGUCUGAUGGUACAAGUGCAAGCGUUGAAGGGGACUUUUCAAUGUGGAAUUCCGGAGAGCCCAACGACGCCGGGGGCAAAGAGGACUGUGUGCACGAUAAUUAUGGAGGUUAUGGAGGCAAAAACCACUGGAACGACGUUGUAUGUGACGCAGAGUACGCAUCCAUCUGUGCCUUGCGACAUCCAGUAUGCGUCCAGCAGGAGAUACCACCUAGCGACCAACCAUACGUGGAAUAGAGAUUUGAAAUUUUUAUGCCAAUGGCCUAAGCUACUAUGUGUGCGUACCUUCAUGUAGCUUCUGUUUUGAAAAUUACAGAAGUCUUGCAUUUUCUUAUUUCUGUCCACGUUGGCCCUCUUGUGGUGGGACAUUGACACUCCAAUGGUUAUUAGUGUUGUUGUUCUUUAUUUUCAUUUUAUCAUGGUUUUGGGGGGCAUUUUUUCAUCUCCCCUAGAGCAGCUAUAUGAUCAUAUCUGGAUCUAUUUGAAUUAUUGAUGUGUACCAAGGCGAAGCAACCAACUGAUGAGAUGGCUUUGUUCCCUCUUUUAAUAAAGUUCCCCAAGCAUUGAA